ACAGAGCUCUCUGAUCGUAAGUGGCCGUGUAGAGCGAGAGCUGAUACAGACGUUUGUGUUAUUAGUCCCUGUUCAAGAGAAUCAACAUGACUGGCGCUUGAACGGAAUGUCAGAUUAGCUUUCAUUUGGACACAGUCAUCAUUCCUAGUUACUUAUCGCACACACAACUGGGCGAUAGCAAAGUUUCCAGACUUAUAUUAACCAUAUUUUAGUAGAUUCCCAAUCAGGCUUUUCUUUGUAAGACAGUUUACACAUACUGAAACAAAGUGGAUUUAACAGUGGCUACGUGGUUUACCCGCACUCCAAGAUGCUUCUGGUCUCCCAGCGGCUAGACUCACCUCGCAUGGACCCAUUACUGCCAGGAUCCCUGAAGAGGAAAUUGACUGGGGCUGUCGAGAGUUCUGCAUCGCUAAACGGGGUCUCUGACACGUCUAUGACCCAGGGAAGUGGCAAACGACCAUGUCUGGAGGAUGUCACCCUGGCAAUGGGCCCCAGCUACCCUCAGCCCCCGUUCCCUUCUGGGAUGGGCAACCAGGGGAGUGUUCUGGAAUCUAACCGACUGAACAGUAACAACAACAGUUUGGGCUCUCCGUAUUCCGUACCCCCGAAUACUAGUCCUGGAUCAACCCCAGGGACCGGGGGAGGCUCAGGGGGCUUGACGAGUAACUUCAACCCAAAUGGGAGUUCAGCCACACCUUCAGUGGAACAGGAACUGCAAGAGAUUUUAGAUGAACUUACAAAGAAUCCCGAUCCCUCUUUACCAGAGCUUGACAUUGAGAAGAUCUUAGGAAAAGAAAGCGAUGACCAGGCAAGUAGUGCUGGAGGUUUUGUCCACCCGGAGGGUAACGGCACCCCUAAAAGAUCCCCACAGAGACAGUCGCACCUGGAGGCCCACCUAACACAGUCCCCUGGUUUCUCUCAAUCUGGUUCCCCUCAAGUGGGUCCAAGUCCUGCUGGGGCACCAUAUACGCUACCACACCCUUCCAAACCAGUUCCAUCUCCACUUUCAGCAUCACCCCUAUCGUCCUCAUCUUCACAAGGGCAAAAUCAAGCACGGUCACCCAUGCUUUCUGCCGCCCUAUCAAGCCGGGCUGGAUCCAACUGGCAUGAGGUGUCCCGGGCCCAACAGCUUCAGCAGAUGGCGUCGAAUAAUAAGCACCAUUCUAACAGCAGUGCUGGUCCCCCACCUGCACAGUCAGGGUUGUCUGGAUUGGGCCAGCAAAAUACAUCCUGGGCUGGUCCCUCUCCACCCUACCGACCAGGGGAUAAACUGCCUAACUCAUCACCUCAUCAGCAGCCCUUCAGCCCAGCAGGUAAUAUUCAGAGCCCCCAGAGCUCUCUAAUCUCUAGCAUGGCUCCAGCCCCAUCCACCGGACCUUCACCACCCUACAGGCCAGAAAAGCUUGCCAGCCCAGCAAUUGCUCAGCCUCCUUUCAGCCCCCAGAACAGCCUUCUGUCUGGAAAUGCCCCACCAGGCGUUUCAGGCACCGCAAUCCAAGGUUCUCAGGCAAGUUAUCUUCCUGGUGUGGCCCCAACAUCAAACAAUACUCGACCAUCACCUCCUUACAGACCAGAUAAACAUCCGAGCCCAGCUGGGCAAUGCCAACCAGGAACACAACCUCCCACACAAGGACAUCUUUUCAACUCACAAAAUAAUCAAGCACCUGCAAUGUCUAGUCAGCUGUUCAAAGCCAUCACAUCCAACCAGCCACCCAGUAGCCUCAAGCUCCUCAUGCAGGCACAGGGAAAACCCUCACAGCUGCAACUAAACAAGACAACCACAGCUGGUAUGGGUCCAGAACCGUACUCCUUCAGCAACACCAAGCCAUUACGACAUUUUGACCCCGAUCCCUCUGUUGCCAAACUGGGUCCUCUAGCUGUGGGAGUAUACCGCAAUGCUAGCAUGCAGCCCACAACGGCCACGUCGGCCACAGGACAUGGACAUCUUCUGCCACAGCGUAUGCAAAGGGGCAUGCCGACUGGUGGUAUCGUGCCUCACUGCAGAGAUGAUCAAGGUGCAGGAAUGGUGCCUCAUCUUCAGGACGCUCCGUCAGCAGUGCCACGGCAGCCCCAGGGCAGCAGCUACAACCUGAUGCUUAAGAAUCAGCUAAUAAACAAACAGAUUCAACAACAACAAGAAAAGCAAAGGCAAAUGGAGCAAAUGAAUGGAGGGCAUAUCACAGACUGCCAACAGGUGGCACCAUUUCAAGGUCCAGGUCGACCUCUCCCUCCGGAGUGUGGUGGAUAUCCUAUGGGGGCUUCUCAACAGUCGAAUUCCACAAUGCUCUCCCAUAGCGGCCCUUUAACCACAAACCGAAUGGGUCUUUCCUCCGGCUCAGUCUCCCAGAUGGGCUCGUCGGUUGGAGGAUACAUGUGCAGCAAAGGUUCCAAACAACCCCUCUGCCACCCUUCUCAAGACUUCGGAAUGGCGAUGCAGCCGGGCCAGAGCAUGAUGGGAAUGGGCGGCCCUCCACGUCAACCGCUACACCCGGCUCACAGUGUGACACGACCGGGAAUGCCUUGUCCCAACCUACCUGGCGGUCCUGUGUCGACCCACCACCUGCGGCAGGCGCUGCACCAAGGCGGAGCUCUUCCGUCACGCAUGAUGUUCCCUUCCCAGCAGCAGCCCACGUCACAGUCCCAGCUCUGGCAGCACCAGCAAGGGGUGCAACCACAUAUGGACCCUUCGAACCACCAACAUCCCUUCCCCGCCGGAGGAGCCCCACCUGGAUGCGGGGGUCCUCAGUUUCCACAGCGAUCCGGAAUGGCAGGUAUGCCAGCCAACUUCCCUGGUUCCCGUCCUCCUCCUAAUCAAGUAGCCCCUGGUUUGGUUGGCAGACCAGACCAGAAGAUGCCCACCGCCCAGCCUCUAUCCUCCAUGUCCCAACAGAGCCUCAGAAUGCGAGGUCCGCUUUCCGCUCUCGCUGUUAUGAAACCAGGAGGUCCAUCCAUGAUGCACCCAGCUCAUGGGAUGGCUCCUCCUAGCUACCAGACUGCUUCCGCAGGCAAACACUGUUCACCGCAGGGCUACAACCCUGGACAUAAGCUGCCCUCCUAUGACUACACGCCACAGCAUCACAGCAAUGGGGCAAUGACUGGAGGGCUGCAAGGACCCGGAGGAGGUGGCGGUGCGGACAUGGACUUCAUUGACACUCUGGUGGGCAACAAUGAAGACUGGCUGAACAAUCUCACCAUGAUUGAUGAAUACCUUGAGCAAAACUCAUAGGGACUGAUCAAAAGCUUCCUAGGUUUGAAAAUCACUACACACAGCACCAGAACGGGGUCGUGGGGUCAUCAUUCUGUAAAGGCGCGUUCACACCAAGAACAAUAACUGUAACAGCAACUAUAUUAGUGUCCACACCAAAGAAAGAUAACAUUCUGUUUAUUAUAUAAGUGUGCGCGUCUUUAAACUCAGGCAGAUUCUGAUUAGCUCUUAUUUAUCAGCUGGAAAAAAAGUUCUCCUAAGGGCUUUUCACACUUGAAAUAGUUAACCCUGGGUCAUUCUAACCCCUGGGUAAGUGGAAUCCUGGGUUAUCUUUAUUCACGUUUCACACUGCUCAUACUAUACCCGGGUUUAAAGUCCUUAUUUGCAUAUUUGCGGUGUCAAUGUCACUGACUGGGCAAACGCAUCACGUGACCCGUUUACAUAAAGGCUCUAGCUUUGCGCGUCCUCAUUGCUGACUGUAUUAUCAAGUUUUUUUUCUAAAUGAACUUUUCGAACUAUAAAGGUAAGAAUGACGGUCUCUUCUUCACAACAAUUGUCGCGUUUUCCAUCGGCGUUUGACAUUUUUCCUAUCAUAUGCAGAAACGACUGUUUAUACAUCGCAUGGUGUUUCUGUGACUGCCCAAAGCGUGUGAAUAUAAGGCACGCAAUUGGUUGUCGGUUGCUAAGCAUCUAGUUGUAACAUUCUAAGGGGCCGUUCACACAGAACGCGUUUUUCCAUUCCAAUGCGCUACUUUUCCAAUGUUUUCCUAUAUAAACACGCGCUAGACGGACGUGCAAAACCGUUGCGCUCGCGUCUUGCGUCUUUUGCAGCAUCUCGCGCAUGACAUGCCGUUCUAACAACACGGCGCUCAAGUUAAAAUCAAUUCCAUUUUUUUAAAAAUGCAUCUCGAGACCUUGCGUUUUUUCCCAGAUGACACUGGCCGCGUCUCGCGUUUUUCAAAGCAAAAACGCGUUCUGUGUGAAUGAGCCCUAACACUGCAUCGUUUCACAAUGUACAAAAGCUCGGAAAAGCAGGGUUUCAUAACCUCGGUUAAAAAGCGGUGUUAACCCCACAUCUAAGGGUACGUUUACACGACAACGAUAUGCUUAAAAUGGAGACGUUUUUCCUCUGAGUUUUCUGCGUACAGACGACCCCAUUCGCACGGAUUCCCAAAAACGACUAAAAACGCUGUAUUCUGCUGCCAGGCCAUUAGAUGGCGAUGAAACACCACAGACUGAACAUGCAAUACGCAUAUGACGUCAUCGUUUCCACAGAUUCGCGUUUUUGUUGUUUACACGGAGAGGUUUUCAAAAACUUGCAGUUUGAAACCCGUUUUCAGGCACCCAAAACGCUGUUGUUGUGUAAAUGAACAGUUUUACGUUUUUAGUUGAAAAUGGUGUCGUGUAAACGGCCCCUAAAUUGCAAGUGUGAAACGUUCCUUUACGCGGGGUUAAAAGCGGUGUUUAGAACGUCGAUAACCCGGGGUUAAAUGCAGUGUGAAAAGCACUCUAGAGUGAUUCAAAUGACAUUGUUCUAAUGUGUCAUUUUUAUGGUUAUAGUUGUGGUGUGGACUUCACUAUGCUCAUAGAAUUAGAACGAUUAUUAAAACUUUAUAGUUACCGUCUUUGGUGUGAACAGGCCUUAAGGUCAUAAAGCAUUUUUUUCGUGGCUAGCAUAAGUGAGAAUGUAUCGCACUGCUGAAAUGAUGCACAGCUGAGCCCCCUGAAAUGGCUUUUGGCGGCCAAUAAAACGUGCUUAUAUUAUAAGAUGCCCUUUCCUUUUCUCAAUGGUUGCUCUUCCAGUGCUCUUUGCACUGUAUUUUAAUAUGGAGUGAAACACUGAUUUAUGAAAACAUGGGCUUUCCCCAGCAGUGUCAAGAAAGUUCUCAUUCAGUUAAAGGGAUAGUUCACCCAAAAAUUCUGACAAUUCCAAAUCUUCUGUGAAACACAAAAGAAGAUAUUUUGAAGACUAUUUUUGUCCCUACAAUAAAAGUUAGUGGGGUCUGAAAACAACACCGACAUUCAUUGUAUGGACAAAAACACUUUUUGUCAUCUAUUUUACAUGGGGGGUGAAUAAAUGACAGAAUUGUCAUUUUCGGUUGAACGAUCCCUUCAAAUGCAGCGUGAUAGCAGUAUUGUUGGCAGUCUCAUGCCAGACCAGGCAAAUAUGUGCAGCUUUUCAUUCUUGCUAUUUGAAAAGCAUAUGAAAUCAUUUCUGUGACGAACUAUUUGAGGGUAUUUCAAAAGGGGCUUGUGCUGUACAUAAAGUAUUUUGUAAAAUAUGGUUUCUUAAACUGUAACAUACAAAAGAGAAGUACACAUAUUUAUGCUUCUUUUCUGCUGAUGAAUUUCUUUGUAAAUAAUUAUCAAAAGAAUAAAUAAAACAAAAAUGCAAUGAUGUAAAGAAAUGAGUGUCACAUUAAAAUUGCAAAAGAAAUAUUUUACACUAGGAAACUCUAUUGUAAUUUGUAUUAUGCAAGACGGUAUGGUUAGUUUUGGAGUAAUACUAUGUAUUACAAUGGUGAAAAAUUUGUUAUGUUUUUGACAUAACUGGACUUCUGGUACUCCAGUCUGGCUUAAGAGGGUUAUUUGUUUUGUGUUUUUAAAUUGUGAGGUUUGGAGUAUAAUGUUUCUCAGCCUUGUUACAGCAUUUCAUUCUGACAUUGUCUUAGAGGUUCUCUAAAUUGUGUCACAUUGCCAUAGCAUAAUACAUUUUACACUAGACACCAGUGUCUUUGUAAUAAUCUGUUCCAUCUAACAAAAUGAGGAUCUUGACGUUUUCUGGACCAAGGACACUUUUCAGCAGUUCUAGGAAUGUCUUUUGUACUGUAAGUGCACACCGGCUACACUGAAACAGCAGCCUCAGAGUAGCAGAGGGACAACAAUAUAUGAUCACACCACCUAUUAUGUAAUAACACCUUUCACAGUAAGUGCAUAAAACCCACAGUCCUUUGUGCCAGAGUCUUGGGUUUCCAGUAGUUCAUGACCAUGUAGUUAAUGCCAUGAACUUUAAGACAUUCUGAUUUGUGAUUAAUUGUGAUUUAUUAUAUUUUGUCUUCAUAUUUUUAGAUUGGAAAAUAAACUGCAUAAAAUAAAAAAA